GCAGCGUACAUGUUUUCGUCAUCACGCAGAACCGGAGCGCUCGUGUUUUUUGGCAUGAUCGAGCAUAAUAAGUAACAUCCCGAGUUCAGCCGAGUGGCCCUGGAGCGAAGGUAAGUUACAAAUUAUCUUUAGGUGUCAAUUAUAGUGGAAAACAGGCGUAUCAAAGCGUGUCGCUACUGAUCUGAAGUCAGCCGUGAGCUUGAGCUGAAGCAGGACAGUGGUGCGGGAUGCUGCCUGAUAAAGAUGGACUGAAUGGAGGUGGAGGAGUGCAGGACGGUCACCCAGCUGAAGACCCUUCAGUGACUCUGUUCAGAGAAUACCUGCGCCUGAAGACCGUCCAUCCAGAGCCAGACUACGAUGCUGCUCUGAAGUUCCUGGAGCGGAUGGCAGAGGAGCUCGCUUUACCCAUGAAGAAAGUGGAGGUGUGUCCCGGUCGAGUGGUUGCCAUCAUCUCCUGGAUCGGCUCCAGGCCGGAGCUCAAGUCUGUGGUGCUGAACUCACACACUGAUGUGGUUCCUGUGUAUGAGGAGCACUGGAAACAUCAUCCAUUCGCUGCUGUGAAAGAUGCGGACGGCAACAUCUACGCCAGAGGAGCUCAGGACAUGAAAUCCGUCACCAUACAGUACAUUGAAGCCAUUCGCAGACUGAAGGCGGCCGGGAAGAGAUUUUCUCGAACCAUCCACUUAACAUUUGUCCCAGACGAGGAGGUCGGCGGUCACAAAGGAAUGGAGACGUUUGUGAAGCACCCAGAAUUUCAGAAGUUGAACAUGGGUUUUGCUCUUGAUGAAGGAUUGGCAAACCCCACCAAUGCCUACACUGUAUUCUAUGGAGAAAGAAACCCCUGGUGGAUCACCGUUCGCUGUCCUGGAAGUCCAGGUCAUGGUUCCAGGUUUGUGGAAAACACAGCAGCAGAGAAAUUACGGCGAGUUAUAAACUCCUUCCUGGAGUUCAGAGAGAAAGAGAAACAGCGACUGAACACCAGUGAGUGUUUUACUCUGGGAGACGUCACCACUAUUAACAUGACCAUGGUCAAAGGAGGCGUCGCUUAUAAUGUGGUUCCUGCAGAAAUGGACGUCAGCUUUGACUUGAGAAUCCCUCCUACUGUUAACCUGCAGGAGUUUGAGGAAAAGAUUAAAGUCUGGUGUCGAGAAGCCGGUGAAGACGUGACUUAUGACUUUGCACAGAAACACAUGGACCAGAACUUGACCUCCACGGAUGAAAAUGACCCCUGGUGGCAAGCCUUCAGCUCCACAUGUAAAGCAAUGAACAUGACUCUGAAAAAGGAAAUCUUCCCUGCUGCCACGGACAGCCGGUUCAUUCGGGAAGUGGGUCUUCCUGCCAUUGGUUUCUCUCCAAUGAAUCUCACCCCCAUCCUGCUUCACGAUCACAACGAGUACCUGAACGAGCAGGUGUUUCUGCAGGGCAUCCAGGUGUACGAACGCCUCAUUCCUGCUCUCGCCGGUGUGGCUCCGCUGAGCGCAGAGCUGUAGAUUCACUCUGCAUCCGAAAUAGCUCCUCAUACCGUUAAACAGUGCACUAUUUGACAGAGCAGCCAUUUCUUGUGGUGUUUGAAAUCAUAGUGGACACUCUGAAGUGCACUCAAUCAAUCCCACAAUGCAACACAACAACAAGUGUACAUCCCACGUGCACUCAACAGUUAGAAAGUACUCGUAAAUGCCAUGUAAGAGUUCAGCACUCAUGAAUUUCCGCAUCCAACCACAAGAAGGCGUUCACAGCAGAAUCAUAUCAGUGUACACUUCAAAAUAAAAUAUAUAUUUAAUUAAAGUAAUGUACACAUGACAGAAAUCAACGUACUUAGUUUCAUUUCUAGUAGACCACUAAGGGUCAAAUAAUUAUCACAGGGUCUGACCUGAAAUUAAAAAUUGUAUCCAUCUGAGGCGUUUAAAACUAAACGGCAUCCCUUCAGUGCACUCCACAUUGCUCACUCAAUUUCAUUCACUCUUUUGAGUGGACUAUAUUAGUAGACUCAUGUAGGGAAUAGUAAAUGAGGGUAUAGGGGGCGAUUUCAGAUACAGCAUCAGUCUUUCUGUUCAUCUCUCUAAGCUUGCCGACUGAAAUACGGUGCUGAUUUUCACUCAUAUCGAGAAUCGUAUCUGCCAUAACACCAAAGAUUGAGCUGAUCCCAUAUAACCGAGAUCAUCAUUUUGCGUUCGCUUUAACUCAGGAGUCCCUGUCUUUCAAUAAUGUCUUAGAGAUGCUUUGAAGUCUUAUUUGUCUGCUGGCAUUUACAGUUAGAAGCUGCUGUAAACCAUUUUAAUUCAUGAAGUUUGUAAAUUUAACACACCGAAGUAAGGUGGCCUGUGUCUCAUAUGAGAAAUGAAAAUGUUUUCAGAGACUCAAACGGUGUAGCUGUGCUUGCCAUAUAUGCAUUAUAUUUUUAAUACAGAUGAUUUUGAUGCAAAUGUAUGGGUAUAUACUGAAUAUAUGUAUGGGUCAUGUAUAAUAAGACUUAUACUAUACUGUAUUAUACCACACAGUUAGACUGAAUCACACCUCGUGAUUUCAAGAGUUAUGAAUUUUGAAGUUACCUCAAACUGGUGCUACUUUGCCUUCCUGAUUAAAUAAUUAAAAGGGUACCAUAUA